CCCUCCUCCUCGCAGAGCCAUGGGGGUGUUGAUGUCAAGGCGGCAGACGGUGGAGAAGGUGCAGAAAGUCAGCUUGGCGGUGUCAGCCUUUAAAGACGGGCUGCGAGAUCAGCCGUCGACACGGCGACGAGCAGAGGCCGAGGGUACGCGCCGGGGGACACUGGAACAGACAGUGCAAGAGGGAGAGGACGAGGCACCUGCAGGGCCCUCCCAGCCAGAGGAGAGCAGCACCAGCAAGGCAGCAUGGGAACGGCUGCGGGACGGCCGGGGAGUGGAGCCGGAGGAGUUCGACCGGGCCAACAGGUUCACGCCACCCGCCUUCAUCCGGCCUACGCGGGAGCUGCACGAUGACGAGCCGCCGGACAUCAGCCUGGAGCAACGGGAGCAGGUACUCAACGAUGAGAUGUGUGAGAUCUGUGAGGUGUGGACAGCUGAGAGCCUCUUCCCCUGCCGCAUCUGCAGCCGGGUGUACCACGACGGCUGCUUGCGCCGCAUGGGCUACCUGCAGAAGGACAGCGCCGUGGAGGUGACGGAGACUGCGCACACCGAGACAGGCUGGAGCUGCUAUUACUGCGACAACCUCAAUCUCCUGCUGACAGAGGAAGAGAUGUACAGCCUGAUGGAGACCUUGCGGCAGUGCAAGAUCAUUCCAGAGACUUGCCUGACUCUGGACGACUUCCUGCACUACAAGCACCUGGUGCACAAGCAGCAGUUUGAGCGGCCCAUGGGAGAGGCCCAAGAGGAGCGGGCUGCCCUGCAGUUUUCCGCCCUGGACCCCGACAAGAAGGGGCACAUCGAGUGGCCAGACUUCCUCUCCCACGAGUCCAUCCAGCUGCUGCAGAAACUCCGGCCGCAGAACUCCCUGCUGCGGCUGCUGACAGCCAAGGAGCGGGAGAGGGCGCGCGUGGCCUUCCUGGCCCUUGACCAGGACAGUGACGGCUUCAUCGGGGAGGGCGAGUGUCACAAGGCCCAGCACUCCUGGUUCCGGAAGCACCAAAAGGAAACGCCAUCCUGCAACGUCAGGUAAGGAGACACAGCAUCAGGUAAGCAGACACAGGCCCACAGGGGCAUCUCUGCCCAGUGCAGCUCAGAAGCGCACCUCCACAGCCUGCUUUUGUGGGUCCUCCUUGCUGGAAAGGGUCCAGCAGAGCUUCAGCAGCCUCACGAGGGCUCAGCACGGGAACAAGCGUCCCUUCUGCCUCUUUAACUCUCCCCGCGGUGUCUCCUCUUCCAUGGCCUGACGCUCUCCCCCUGCACUGCGCACCCUCCUCCCCUGGGCCGUUCGGG